AUGGAACUCCGAACUCAAGUGGAGAAAAAGAAGAAUAUUGGGAAAUCUGAAAAGGAGUUAACAUUUGACGAAGGAUUUGUGGUGCCAAAUGCCAAUACAUUUGGCCAUAACUUUAGGGAUUAUGAGGCUGAAAGUGAGAGGCAAGAAGGUGUGGAAAUUUUUUACAAGACCAAUCACAUCAACCAAACUCUUGAGUUUGUGAAGAAAAUGAGGGAAGAAUAUGGAAAAUUGGACAAAAUUGAAAUGAGUAUUUGGGAAUGUUGUGAGCUGCUCAACAGUGUUGUUGAUGAGAGUGACCCUGAUUUAGAUGAGCCUCAAAUUGAACAUUUGUUACAAACUGCUGAGGCUAUAAGAAAAGAUUAUCCUAAUGAGGAUUGGCUUCAUUUAACUGCCCUUAUCCAUGAUCUUGGGAAGGUCCUUCUUCUCCCUCAAUUUGGUGAGCUUCCACAAUGGGCUGUUGUAGGUGAUACUUACCCUGUUGGCUGUGCUUUCGAUGGCUCCAUUGUGCACCACAAGUAUUUCAAGGAAAAUACCGACUACUAUAAUCCAGCUUGUAAUACCAAAUUUGGAGUCUACGAGGAAGGGUGUGGACUGGACAAUGUGUUCAUGUCGUGGGGCCACGAUGAUUACAUGCAUCUGGUUGCAAAAGGAAACAAAUCAACUUUGCCAUCAGCUGGUCUAUUUAUCAUUAGAUACCACUCAUUCUAUGCAUUGCAUAGAUCAGGAGCCUACAAACACUUGAUGAACGAGGAAGACCAAGAAAAUUUGAAGUGGCUUAAAAUCUUUAGGUAA